CAACAACAACAGUGCGGACUGUUUUUCUUCAAAAUAAUCAUUUCUUUGACAGUUCUUGGCAUUUAAAGCGAUAAUUCAACUUUUGAAAGAAAGCGACGUCGGUCUAAACACAGGCUCUCUUUGCAAAUAGGAACUGGACAAGCGAAUCGGACCGAUAUCAAGAUCUCGAGUAGCAGAAAAAAACCUACGAUUCAUCUGACCGUCACAACGCCGUUCUCCCCAUCGAAUCAACAUCAAAAGGAAAGGGGUCUUUCUUCACCUCGAAGGAAAGAAGUCGCGCUAGUUCGUUGUUUGUCUGGCUCGCCUGUUUGCGUUCCUUCGUCGAACAAAGAGGGACGACAGCGCGAAACCAAUCUCGAGGGAGGUGAAUCCAAUCGCCGAAAGAAAAGACGCCGGCGCGCACAGGAAACUCCAUUAGACUUAUCGAGGCUACCAGAAGAAAGAUCAUCCGCUGGCUGUCGCUGUGGAUCUCCCCUGCGAUUUCUCGACGAUUUCAAUCCUACAGCGAUUCUUCCAAUCGAGAGUUUCGCGCGCUUACUCGAAGAGCGCACAGGCGAGAGAGGCGGUUGGAUCGAUACAAAGGAGGCCGAGAACGAAGAGGCAGAGGGCGAAGAAAGUGGUCCGCGGUCGUUAGAAGAUUACGAUCCUCGAGCGUGAGUAAAGGAGAACCUCUCCUGUCGGAGCCAUCGCCUUCUCCACCCACUUGUCCCUUUCGAUGUGUGUUUAUUCAAUGAUAACAAAUUACCGAACGAAUCUGUGCAGUCAUACUCUAUAAUUGCGACUACCGACGUGGUGGCACGGUGUCCGUUCGCUAGUGUUCGCUCGUCGAUGAAUCGUUCCGGGAGGUUAGGAUCCGCGAGAAAGUCGGAGGUGAAAAAGCUGCGGCAUAGAGCGACGCGUGUAAGAGAGUCAAAGGAACGCUAAACAGUACGUCUCGCGCUCGAAUCGCAUUCAUCCCAUUGCUAUCGCGCCGGUGAUUAUAAAGGCCUUCGCGGUCUUUUUCCCCCCUCCCCCUCGACGUUGUCGUGUCGGCAACAUCCUAACGUAGAAUUAUUCCGCGACGAAGGACGUUGACCUUUAACAGCAGAGAUGAACCUCCUCGCGGUGUGAAAUAUCGCGGUGUGGACGAGUAGACCCGAUACGAUUAGCAUCUUUGACGUAAUUGGCGAACGCCGACGAUCGCGACGAACGCACUCUUACAAGUGUAAGAGGAUCUUUGCGAAACUAGUCGCUCGCUCGGCAUGCACGCCGAUUCAUCUAAUUACUCGGUACUCGAGACCUUUCCCUCUACAUUUAGAACAGCGAAAGGUGGAGAUUAAUAUCGAUCGUGUUGGACAUUGUUCAGUGUGGGACAGUACCGUCCCCUUAGUAAGGGCUACGGAUAAUUAUAAUUACAAAUUGCUAUUAUUCCUAGAGCAUUUUAUGCUCUAGAACCUAGACCUAGACCUGGACCUUGA